AUUUUCUAUCUGUGGGCUUAUCGGAAAGAAGGCCUGGACUCAUAUAAUCCUUUUGGGCUGGCCCAAAGUAACUGGACUUGGUCUGAUGCUUUCCUCUGCAACUUUCCGUUUAGUAGUCUCCGAAGUUAGCUCCGGCGGAAAAAGAAAGUAUACUAUUCUAUUCUCCUUAGUUGGACUGUUGGAGCCGUCUGAACUGAACUUCACGCCGUGAAUUCAGAACUGGGAGGCACUCUGAAAACUCCAUUGUCUGUCUACCUGCGAAGAAGUAUUAUACCCAAAUUAUAGCCUUUCUCCUUUCCUCCGCCGUGCCGUUCUCCCGGGCAAAAAUAAUGGCGAGAACCCAAGUUCGCCUCCUCUUAUGGAGACGCCUUAAACCCUACAGCUUCGCCCGCCUCUCUUCCUCGCCUUCCACCCUUAUACCCUAUUCCACUUCUUCCGCCGCCGCCUCCUCUCCCGACCCUCCAAAACCCUCUUCCCUUUCCGCCCGCAUGAGCUUCGUCUUCGAUCAAAUCGACGCCAUUGAGCGCGAACGCUCCGAGAAGCACGAAACUCUGCAAAAGAUUCGAGCUUGGCGCCAAUCCAAAACUGUCAACCAGCAGCCGCAGAAUCAGGAACGGAGAGAAGAGCCCAGUUCCCGGAAGCCUGAAGUGGUAGUAACGACUUUUAGCUCCUCGCGGGAUGAAGAAUCCGAUGCUGGGUACGGUUUUGAUGGGAGCAGUUCCGGGUCGGGUGUUGAGCUGGGGAAGGCGAGGAGGCAAGUGGAGCUUGUUCAUCCGUGGCCGGAAUGGAUAGAGUUGAUGGAGAGACUGGUUCAGCAGAAUUACUUCGAUCAUAAGAGAAGUAAAGAAGAGGACCAGAUGGUUGAGAGUUUGGGGAUUGAUGAUGGGUUUGAAGAUGUGAAUGCAGCUGUUGAGAAAAAUCAGAUAGAAGUUGAUUUCGCUAAAGAUUUUAGGACCGUGCAGAAUGCUUUUGUCAAUUUUGGCAAAGACAGAUUCGAUAUCUUGAGGUCAUUGCCGAGAAAGGAUCUCCAGCUCUUGGUUGGCUAUGGAUGCCCAACUGCAGACAGAAGGGUUGUUAUGUCUGCCAAACUCCUGAGGAAGCGUGUCCACCUCGAUGAAGGCGAUGUUUGUAGUAGCUGCAGCUUGAGGAGCUCGUGUGAGAAAGCAUUUCUGCUGACAAAUAAAGAGGAGGAAGCGCAUACCAUCGAUGCAAUGCGGGUUCUCUUAGCUUACGGAUUCGAUCCGACAAAUGGAUCAGUCACCAAUAAGUCGAUUCUGAAAGAAAAAUCGGUCAAAACUGUGGUCCGGAAGCUACUUCACGAGAUUGUAAAGCUGAGUGCUGUGCCUAUCGAUCCGAAUCUCCCUCCUCCUGUGAUCAAGAAACCUCCUCCCAAGGUGAAGCAGCCUCCGCCGCCGCCGAAGAAACGAGUUGGACGUGAUGAUAUCGAGAUGAAAAAAGGCGAUUGGCUUUGCCCUAAGUGUGACUUCAUGAAUUUCGCAAAGAACACGGCUUGUUUACAGUGUGACGCCAAAAGGCCAAAGAGACAGUUGCUUCCAGGAGAAUGGGAAUGCGCUCAGUGUAACUUCUUAAACUAUAGGAGAAACAUGGUAUGCUUUCAUUGUGAUUGCAAGCGGCCACAUGAUGAUUUCUUGGAGAGUAGAAUGGAGGAAAGGAAUCGUGACCAAAAAACAAGGUUCGAGAAGGUUGCAACCCGUCCUGAAGUGUCAAAUGCCUGGAACUUCGAUUUUGAUGACGACGAGUCAGAUGGUGCAGAUGUUGCUGCUUUUGAGAAUGCAGACUCAGCAUUGAAAGAUCACGAACCUCCUAUAUCUGCUGCUCCAGCUCAGGGAGGAAACUUCAGAGACCGUGAAAUGGGUACCAGAAAUCCAAGCAAGUAUUCAGAUUCACAACCGAGUAGAUCCGGAACAGGGUUUGACGAUUUUGACGAUGAAGAUGAUAUCGAGAGCUAUGAGUUGGAUACCACCCCCACUCGGGCAACUCAUAGCAAUGCUUCCAGACAGCCUUAUGAGUCUGAAGACAUUGACCUUUCGGAUGAUGACUUGGAUUCUCGACCUCAUUCUAGACCAUUGAGGGAUUCGAGACCCACCAAGCCGGGAAGAAGGAAACCUUUUGCUGAUGAUGAUGAGCUAGGGUGUGACUCAGAUGAAGAGCUUUCAUCUCAUUCGAAAUGGAAAUCCAGUCACGUUGCGUCUGGACACAAAAAUCGAGGUAGGAGUCCAACUAAAAAACUGAGUUUUGGCUCGGAUGAUGAUGACCUUGAUCUUGACUCUGAUGAUGACUCUGACGAGGAAUUUGGCGGCCGAAAGAUGAGAACAAAGGGACGGAACUCCACUAGAGGUGGAUUUCAGAGACGAGGUGACGAUGAUGAUGACUACACAGGCGGCAGAGGUGGAAGAUCAAAGCGGAUGGGUGGCGGGAGAAGGAAGUCGUCAUGGGAUGAUGACUUUGAUCAACCUAGAUCAUCAUCGUUCCAUGGCUCACGUGGUAGAGCAAGAGGAAAUGGAGGUGGGUGGAGGAAGAGUGAUGGAGGUAGAGGUGGAGGUGAGGAUUUUGGCAGAGGUAGAGGGGCAAGACAAGGAGGAAACCGGAGUUUCCAGCAGUCGAGAUCUGGUGACUAUGGGAUGAUGGAUAAAGGUUCGAUGGACGAUGGUGAGUAUAGAAACAAAAGAAGGGUAAUUGAAAGGUGAGUAAUAGCAAAAGGCCCAUGCUCAAACCCCACAACGAAGGAGAUAAGUAAGCCAUUUCUGUAUCCUGAUUAUGGUCCGUCAUUGAAACUUUGACGGAACAAUGGCCAUCUGUUGCCACAGACGGAACAAUGGCCGUCUAUUUCCACAAACCGACGAGGUGAAAGCUGUAGCUUAGCUGAUGCCAUGGUUUUAGAAGCUUACUUACUUUGGCAACAGCUUCAAUCACUGGCCUUUUUCCCACUUCUGCUGGUGGAGAAUGGCCCUCCUCCAGGCCAGAGGCUGAGGUUGUUGUGCAUGUAAAAUACUAAGUGAUGUUUAUUAUUUAAACAGCUGGGGCUUUAUAUGCCAAAAGAGGAUAAAUAAGUAGCAGAGUAAUUUUGUAAUUGAUAAAAGAAGCAUUCUAGCUUUCGUGAAUGUAUUUACAACUGCUAGUUAAUCUUCACUAGUUUAAUCAAAUUUCUGUCUUAUA